AGAGUUGUCAUCGCCUUUAGCCGCCUCCACCUGCUUCUUCGUUUCAUCGUCGAAUAAGAAAGAUCAACGACCAAUGGAUCUGAAAUCGUCCAGCUCUGCAUCCCUAGCCGCUGUCAAGUACCGGAAUAAAAAGUGGACGAAGCAGCCGGAGACAAAGUUGAGCAUGAGAUCUGGGCAUGUCGGAGAAGCAACCGCUAUCUCUAUCGCGACCUUACUCCGUCGAAAAUCCCAGAUCGAGAAAAUGAAGAGCCAAAUAACUGGGAGAGCGAAAGAAAUUAAAGACGAUGGAGAAGAAGAAAAAAGAUUGGUAGAGAUGAUUUGGUGUCGUCGACGAGGUUGCAUCGGGACGCGGAAAGGAAUGGGUGGACGACGCUGUGGGUUGCGAUUUGGGUCGUCGGGAUGGGGAAAGGGGAUUGGGGAUCGUCGGCGUCAUUGGAAGAUAUUGAUCGGCGAUUUGAGAGGGAGCGAGCAGUUGGGAUUGAUCGGCGAGAGGGUGACGAUGGCGCUGCACGGUUUGUGAAUGACAGAAAGAGUAGGAAGAUGAGGGGAUUUUUUUUUAUUAAUUGAAA